AUGACCGGCUGCCUGGACAAAUGUGACCCUUGCAAAGGGUGGGGGAGGCUGAAGCGCGGGGUUGAAAGUUGGGGAUAUUUGCACAAUGGCCUCCGACGGGGCUCAUCUGGUGGCAACGUCCUGGCCGCACAAAUUGGUCAGACAUUCUCAUCUCGGAGCCCCAUGCAGCCCAUGGCAAUAGUCGAUUUGCCACUCUGCAUAGUACAGCUUCCAGGUGCCUUUUUUCCCAGCCUGCCCACAACAGCCGGGCCAACCCUUAUCUUCAUAAUCACACAACUCCUCAGGCAGUCGUUGGGACGGUCGGGGCGGGGGACCACACGAUUUGUUGGGCUGCUGCCGGCCUAUAACAUAGGCAUUCUGUGGAACGACAAUAGGUCACGUGGGCAGACCUGCUCGCUUGACAGAACAAAGCUGUGUUAG